AUGGUGCUAAUGGUGAUUGUCUUCUUGCUGCUCGUGCUCUGGGAAAACGAGCUGACCGGGGACGUCAUGCUGACAUCCAUAGAGCAUUUGCACGUAGACUACCCUCAGAACACGGUCCCCCGGCGGUACUGCAACUAUAUGAUCCUGCAGAGAGUCAUCCGGGAACCCGACCACACGUGCACAAAGCUGCACGUCUUCAUCCACGAGAGGCCGCAGAAAAUCAACAGCGUCUGCACGUCCUCCAAGAAGAAGAGCUGCCCAAACUACUCGGAGGUUUUCUGCUUCCAGAGUGAGACGAGAUUCAGAAUGACAGUCUGUCAGCUCAUUGACGACGGCACCAAAUACCCUGCUUGUAGGUACCACAUCUCCCCUAUAGAGGGGUUCAUCCUUGUCACCUGUGAUGACUUAGGACCGGUUAAUUUUCAGGGGUAUGUUGAAUGACUUGCCAGCUCACAGAGGGUGUGAACUUCU